GUCUCAACUGUACCUAGGCAGAUCCUCCCUCAAUCUCUAUCUUGAACAUGAGAGCCCAAUUCCGGGGAGUUCUCACCUUGGCGCUCAUGGUCGCCGUGUGCGCAUUGCUCUAUGUGCUCCUUUAUGGACAAAUCUCUGAUCAUAGCAUCGGCUAUUUUCAAAAACUACAACUAGCUCCUCGGGGAGGGCGUCUCUGCGAAACAAAUUGUCCUUGUAAAAAUACAACAAGAGAUGUUUUUACGGCUGGAUCCGGGUCUGCACACAAGGAGACCCCCAUGCUCCGGCUGCAAAAAAAGGACUUCAAGCAAUAUCCCAUCUGGGCUUCUGAGGAUGUUUAUGUCCGGGACAAGCAAAAGAGGCAGAUGACCUGUCCCCAGUCUCUGAGGAACUCCCAGAACACAGGCUUCAAGCAGGCCUUUAUACCAGACAUCCAGAUGUACCUCCACGGAGAACUACUCAACGUGUCAGAGUGGAACAGACUAGCCUACUUCAAUAACCCCUUUGGCUUUAUGGACUACACUAACUACACAGAGAUAAAGGCAGUGGUGGAUCUGAUUCCCAAGCCCAGAGAGCCCCUGCUCUUGCCACGGGGAAACCCUGGGUGUAUACGCUGUGCUGUGGUGGCAACAGGAGGAAUACUCAACGGCUCUAGGAUGGGCAAGGAGAUAGAUGCUCACGACUAUGUGUUCCGGAUGAAUGGUGCCGUAACCAAGGGUUACGAGGAGGAUGUAGGCAACAGAACCUCGGUCUACGUUCACACCGCCCACUCCAUCACCCAGUCUCUUCUCAUAUUCAAGAAAUACGGCUACAACAGUGCACCGCAUGACAAGGGAAUAAAGUAUGUGCUGAUUCCAGAGGGGCUGAGGGAUUUCCAGUGGCUAAAGGGUCUGUUGGGGAGGACAACUGUCUCUGAUGGACCCUACAGGAACAGACGACCGUGGAUGCAAUACUCAGGAGAGUUUGAUGAGAACCGCUUCUAUGUUCUUCACCCUGACUUCCUCAGAUACGCCCGUAACAGGUUCAUGUGGUCCCAGGCGCUGAAGGGUUCUUAUUGGGCUAUAUGCAGACCUACUAACGGAGCAUUCACACUCUUCCUGGCCCUGCACACCUGUGAUGUGGUGGAUGCGUAUGGAUUCAUCACUGAGGACCACAGUAAAUAUCCUAACUACUAUGCUGAGAGACACUCUAAAACCAGAGUCAUCUUCUACGCUAAUCACGACUACAACCUAGAGAUCAAGACCUGGAAGAAACUACAUGACACCAAGAUCAUCAGGCUUUAUCAGAGACAGGAGAGCCCAGAGAGAAAGACAAGAAAGCCAACAGAACCAUAAAACCCUGUCUGACUGCAGAGAUGAGCAAAGAUACAUUGGCAUGUCAUGUAUCUUGUUACAAAAUAAACUAAAGACCAAUGCAUUUAUAUCAGAAUAAACAACAAAAUACUGGUGCCAAGUAAUGUAUUUAAUUCAAAUGCAUGUAUUAUCCAUCCCAUGCCAUCAUGGGCAACAGUGAAAGCUGUUACGUUCAAGUAGGUUUAAGUUUUUCUCGGGCGUUGUGGACGGGGAUGGCAAAUAGGUAUCUGCCUCAGGUGCCAAAGGUAGCACACUCGAAUCCAGCAAUUGAAAGUUGUUUUUUCGAUUUUUGUUUUAAGCCUAUCCCAAACCUUCACUCUUACCUUAACCAUUUGGAGUUCAUGCCUAACCUUACAAUUUCAGAGUUAAUGUCUAAACUUAAUUCUAACAUUUACAAUUCAGAGUUAAUGCCUGAACUUAAUUCUAACACUUAAAAUUCAAAGUUAAUGCCUAAACUUAAUUCUAACACUUACAAUUCAAAGUUAAUGCCUACACUUAAUUAUAACAUUGACAAUUUAGAGUUAAUGCCUAAACUUAACCAUAAAUACUUAAAAAUUUGACUUUUGCAACAACUUUGAAAUUUGACGUUUGAGAAACAUGGACGAAUGUCUAUUUCUGACUUGAGACUGCGAGAGCUAGUUGACAAAUAGCCUAUAAUACUGGUGCCAAGUAAUGUAUUUAAUUAAAAUACAUGUAAAAUACAUUUGCAAGUAGCCCCCUUUCUAUAUGGUUUGUGUUAACAUUGCUUUAAAGUAAUUUGUCAACAUAUUGUGACGUGGAAUCUACAUGGAAAAUACAUUGGAUUUGGAAAAAGUAAUCAACUGUUGUUUUGAGGGUGAAAUUUCAACCAUUGGGUUAUGUCUUCGUGGUAACCAAAUUUCAACACACACAAACCUUGUAUAAAAUAUAUUGAAUGUGUACCUUUAACCCUCAUGGGAAUUGGCCUAUAUGGAUAGGGCUAAUGUAAAUGCGUCUUACAGAAGUAAAUGCUUAAUCAUGAUCAAUGAUUAAUUGAUAGACAAGCUGACAUUAAAGCCACACUAAGUUAGUGGCACAGAUGGAACUAUCGAAGCAGAAGAUAAAUCUCAUUCAAAUGUUGAUAUUUGAUAUUUGCGUUGACAAUCAAAGGAUUCAAUAGCACUUUUGAAAUACAAUAAAUAGCUUAUUAAGUUGUUGAUAAGUUAACAAGUUAUGUGUUAAAUUCACAUUUGCAAGUCAACCUAAAAUAAAUGUUAAUGAAUGCAAUUAAACGAUAUAAUCUCAACUGCAAUCCAGGUAAUUUGGUUGUGCUAUUGGAUGAAGCACAGAGAUAACACAUUAAUAUGUUGUAUGAAUAAACCAAAUAUCUGA